AUGUUUGCUCUGAUUAACUUGCCUCUCAUCUGUCAAUUUGCUGCAAAUUCGACUACAUUCCUCUACCUAAUCGUAAUAACCAUCGUCUUGACUCCCUUCGACUUCAACUUUAUUGAACACGGAGCAUCACUUCCCUUUCUCUCGCCUCUUGUGGUGCGAUUCCCCUCAUCUGACGCCCAUAUCCGUUUGCCGUUGACAACCCAGAGGCACCCGCUAGCGGACUUCCGUUUGGCCUCUCUCUCUCUGCAAAAUAUCCCCAGUUUGAACAAGCGUAAUAUUUCACUCGAGAGCUGGAAUUCAGUGGUGCUGGAGGCUAAAGACUUGUUUGUUUCCCUUCGCAUCCGCACCUACCAACAAGCCCUCUAUCCUGUAACCGUGGCUCCCACACCAACCAGUCACCAGAACGAGGUGGAGCGUCCGCGUCUUCCUUCGCUUCUACCGAACUUUAGUCUCUGCUGCCAUCGUCGAACGGUUGCUAUCGGCGGCAUUCGUUUUUUACCAACUCUCAUCCCUCUCCCCCUCUCCCCGUCCUUUCUCUGGCCAACGCGCGCGCUGUUCCGCUCUGACAAAAACCUCACAUACUUCGUCCUCUUCUUCCUUCCCCUCCUCCUCUUACCAUUCCCACAUCAAGGCAGCCUAAUUGAGACCUACCAGUCACCUACCACCAUCCCUUCUCGCAUCAUGCAUCGAUCAGAAUCACAGGUUGUUAAUGUAACCCUUAUUCGUGGAGCCCCUGGUGGGCUCCAACGGAGUUCUUGCCUGAAAAUCUGUACCCAUUGCGCCCCAACGCGUUCCCCAUUUAUCUGCUCUCCCUUCCUUGCUGGGGAAGAAAAUUCCCACGCGAGCUCGUUUGUAGCGCCGUGCACACUUGCCACAUCUGCCGAGUUCAGGACAAAUGUGUGUGUGUGUGCGCGAGCGUGUGCACGCGUUUUGACACCGUGCCUCCUCCUCCUCCUCAUCUUCUCCUCCCAUCUUCCAUCCUUUUCCUUCCAGAAGGUUGAAUCACGCCUUCCAAGCAUUCCGUUCGAUCGGCGGACCUCCUGGCUUGAAGGUCACACGCGAAACCCCCUCAACCAAGUGAUUCAUUAUCAUCCCGAAUCGCGCUAUGUGUUGCCAUAUGUGUGCAUUUGUUUUCGCGUUGUUUAUGGAUGCUGGGACGCCAGGGGCCGCAGCACCCUCCCCCCCUCUGAGCGUAAAUCAGUCGGCAACGAUUAA